UCCAUUAUAACCUUAUCACAUUGGGACGACUGGCUGCGCAGAGGAAUUCCUCCACAAAGAUGAAGUAAAAAAAUAGAGGCUUAGCUAGAUGUGCACUACUUUCUUUAUCUCCCGAUCGUGUCCAACAAUCUGAAGGGAUGUUUGCACUACUUUCUUUAUCUCCCGAUCGUGUCCAACAAUCUGAAGGGAUGUUUUUUUUCGCUUGGCAAAUGAACCUGAGCAGAGACACCUAGCUAGUUUUUCCAUUUAAGUUCCUGAUACCCUCGGAAAUUAGGAAGCUGAGGGAGAAAUUUGAGGUUUUGACAUCAGCUCUUGAGAAACUGGCUCUGCACGCUUCACAGAUUCUAGGCAAACAUCAUCAAUUUGACCUUUUCAAUUCCUUGUAAUUUAUUCUACGAAUUUAAAAACAAAAAUGCAUAUAAAUAAGUUUACGGUAUAUACUUGACUCAGUAAUUUCUCCCUAUUAUUGAUGAAAGGUAUGAGUUAGAUUCGUUGACCAAUUUACAUUGAAUGGUUAUGCUCUUUCAGAAUCUGUGAAUGUGAAAUACCAAGUUUUACUUGAAGAAUAUGGUGAUUGUGAUUUUCACACUUUUACAAAUUGAUUAAUGUGAUAAGGUGAUUAGCUGAAAUGCCCAUUUUGUACUCCCUGUGAUAAAAUACCCCUAAUAUAAUCCAUGAAUAUAUGUAGAGAACAGUUGUGAAUUCGUGAUAUUUUUUAUAUUUGAUAUUGAUUAUUGACGAAAACUGCUAUUUCUGUAGAGCAUUUGUGAUAUUUAUUUUUGUCUUUAACUUCGUUAUUGCAAUUGAAGAUAUUUUAAUAACGUAUACUUUUUCAUUAAUAAUUUUGUGAAUUUGGAGUAUUAAAAUUUGGCUCCGAAUUCUGAUGGCUCUGGCUGGUACAAGGAUAUUAUUUCUCUAGAAAUAUGGAUCCAAAAUUAUUGUGGAAGCUUGGGGGUGUUUAGAAUUUAUUCUACUUUUACUACAUAGUACUUUUUAAAAAAACUGUUUCUAGGAAGAAAAAAUAUUUCUACACUUUCACCCAAACACUAUCUAUUUACUAGUUUUCUAUUUGAAUUUUUAAUUUUGCUUCUUUUUAGCUAAUAUAAAUAGCUUACCUUUAAUUUGAACUUAAGCUUUCAAUUUUGUAUUCAACUGAUGUCUUAAUCUUGAGAUGAUUUUUAUGAUGUCAAGAUGUAUUCUUAUGAUGCAGAUCUUCAAAAAUUUGCAUUUGGUGAUAUGUAUACUAGUUAAAUACUAGUGCGACACAGGCCAAGAAUCUAUAUUCCCAAAUGGCCGUUUCCUGUUCUUGUUUGCAAGCUUCUAUUGUCUCACGAUUUUCUCAUUCUGCAACUACAUUUCAGACCUUACGUUUCUCAAGAAAUCAAAUAUCUUGUUCUUCAUCUCCACGCAUGGAACCCUUACACGCCGAACCUCAAUCCAAAUUCAUUGAAUUUCCAUACGUGUGCACUCCCCAGAGAGAGCUUAUGGUGGAACUCAUGUCCUCUAUUGAGACCCGGCUUGGGUCUGACCUCCACCCAUGUACCCUCCCACCUGAUGUCCAGUACUAUGAAAACCCUAAUGGCUCCGCAUAUGGCUCACUCAAUGUCCGAUCAGGCAUCCCCUCGUCCCUGAUUAAUCUCAUAUUGGGGAGUUGGAUCCAUUGCAAGUUGCCCAGUGGAGGAGCCGUGAACAUAACCACUCUAUCUGCCUAUUUGAGACCAUCCACUAAUGCACCAAACUUCGUAAUUGAGUUUAUUCGUACCUCUCCAGUGUCUCUAGUUCUUAUUCUUGAUCUCCCUCCUCGAAAGGACCUUGUUCUACACCCUGAGUACUUGAAAGUGUUUUAUGAAGACACCCAAUUGGACAGACACAGGAAACUUCUUCAGGAGCUGCCUGAGGUGCGACCUUACUUCUCUUCAUCUCUGUUUGUUCGUGCUCUUUUCUCCCCGUCAUCCAUUAUGGUUUCCAUAGAAGCGAAUGAUAAUGGGGAAGAACGCAUUGAUGAUAUUAUUCGAGAUCACAUAAGCCCUAUGGCUAAGGAAAUGCUGGGGACAUGGUUUGAUGUGUGUGCAUGUGUGGAGAGAGAAGUCGGAAGGGAUGAGAGUGCUGAACUAGAAAGGAGGGACCGAAUCAUAAAAAACAAGACAAUUGAAAUUGAUCUUGGGUUAAGCUACCCUAGACUCUUUGGGCAGGAAGUGGCGGACCGGGUUUUAGGAGAGUUACGGGAUAUCCUCGAUGCUUGAAUAGUUGAAUAUGGUCACAGCCUAAUGUCAAAUUGAUGAUAGUGGUACUGCUCAUGGUAACUGAACUGUAUUUAGCUGUAAUAUAAUAUGUAUAAUAUAAUAUGUAUAAACGUUAGACUUGAAUGGUUUUCAUCUCCCAGAAAUACAUGUAUAUUUGAAUUCUACAUGCACAGGGUGACAGGGUUAGUAACCUUGGGUGGGAAUGAUUGAUGACAAUUUUUAACUUAGGGUUUUAGAGGGGAAUGCUUUGGAGGGCUUACUCUUUAUUUAGUGCACGUCGGCACGACAUAAUAUUUAGAAUGAAUAAACGGUGAUUAAAAUUCUA